AUGCUCAGAGUGCUAACAGCGACUGACUGAAAACAACAAGCGUUCCCAGCGGAGACGCGAAUUUUAUAAAGAAUGAGAAGCUGCAGGCGUAGCUUGUCUUGGGGAGCUCUGCUCCUCCUCCUGGCCUGCUGUCAGCUGCAUGUUCAGUCCCAGGUGGCUCCUCACCACCACCAGCCUCCACCUGUAAUAGAAGGGGCAGCUCGCAUAUCUGGUCACAGUCGCCUGGACAGAAACAUGGUCCAAGACCAGGAUCACAUCAUGGAGCAUCUGGAGGGAGUGAUAGACAAACCUGAGAAAGACAUGACGCCCCAGGAACUCCAGCUGCACUAUUUUAAGAUGCACGACUACGAUGGAAACGACCUUUUGGACGGUCUGGAGCUAGCCACAGCCAUCACGCAUGUACACAAAGAAGAGAGAGGAGAGAACAGCCAGCCGAUGAAAGAGGAGGACCUGAUUGCACUAAUCGAUGACGUCCUGAAGGACGACGACAAAAACAAUGAUGGCUACAUAGACUAUGCAGAGUUUGCCAGAUCCUUGGAGUAGAACCGUGUUUAGCUUCCUUUGUAUCCGCGGCGACAAAAGAAGUUGCCAAAUGUUGGCAGGAGGCAUACGUGGAGACAAGGCUGCACCUCGUCAGGAAAGAUCUCACAAUCAGUCAUGGGCUCGGUCCUCUUCUGAUCUUUCAUACAGGAGAGUCGGAGCACCGCUGGUGGGUUCAUCUCAAAAAACAAAAACUUUUUAUGCCUCAUUUCAGAUCAUUUCUUGUAGUUUAGACACUUUUUGCACCGUUUGCUUUGUUGAUUUCUUGAAAUCGCCAAAGUUUGAGGUAAUCUAAAUUUAAUUUUGUGUUUAAUUCUUGGUAAAUUCCAUGAAAGACGUAUUUUCUGUUCUGUCGGUGACCUUUAGAGAUGUCGCUCUAAAACUUCCCAGCAGAACUUAUUUCUGACAAACUGCAACAGCAGACGUCUGUAAUGACUGAAUGUUACAAAGGUUCGCUGCUCGUCGGGUUUCCACGUUCAGCGCCGUGAUCUGCAGCAGCACCAGAGUCUCAAAAGGUAAACAAGUCUGUGGACUGACUCGGAAUGUGGGCUCGUGUCGUCGUAGGGGUGAUUUAGUCGAGUCAUUUAGCAGCACUUGAGGGAAUGUUUAAACGGACCACUUCAUUUCAAACACACACACAUACACACACACACACACACACACACACAGCUACUGGCGUGGCGGGGGUGCCACCUCCUUUGGCGGUAGACACCUUUUUCCAUUCUCCGGUGUUUUGUUUCCACUUUUCCGAUCGGAUCCCGUUGUAGAUCGAUGCCGACCUCCCUGGAGGUGAAUCCGUCUCACAAACGCAGAACGCCGAGCCACGCUGCACUUUGCAGGUCCUCUUACUGAAAGCACACAUCUGCCACGUCGGUGUCGGUGAAGUACUUGAACGUAAACUUUCAGAUGUUCGCUGCCUUUCACCAGAAAAAGGAUAAAAUCCGUCAUUAAUUCUGCUGAAUCCAUCUGUGGAAUACUUAUUUUCCUGAGAUCUAGUUUUUCAUAUGGAUAAAUUCUAUUUUUGCCAUUCAGUCUUGUCUUCAAUCAGUUCUGGUUGUUGAAUAAAAACAGAUAUUUGAACAUUUCAGAAUGUAAAAUAAAAUCCUGUCCGUUGCACACCUGUGAUGUUGUUGCUGUUGGGAUCCAUUUGGACGGAUUAAACUCGUGACACCACGUGGGA